CGGUGACAGGUUGGAGCCUGUCAGGAUAGGCAGCGCCACCGUCCAAAGGUGUCCAGGCCCUCCAUAUAACCCACUUGAGGAACAGGUGCCUGUCUAGUCUCCCACGUUCGAGAUGCGGACUAAAGGACAUGGCAAUGACUUGCCCCGUGUAAACUGUGCGCCUUUGCUUUGGGUUUUAGUGGGCUCGAGGGACUGAUUCUUGCAGGAUAGUCUGGGGACAAACAGAGUAACGUGAAGUCUCGUUCGGCAGCGAGAGCCCAGCUGGAGUGAGCCUUUAAGGCGAUAGAAUUCACACGAAAAGAGUGUGCGACAAAUACUCGUGUUUGACACACACGAGUGUAAUAGUUUUUUUGGCUUUGGGAAGAUUUUUUAUUAUUAUUUUCACAACGCGGUUUUCAAGAUGACAAAAAGGUAGAUUUGGUUUGGUCAAGACCAGGACAACUGACAACUCCUAGUUGUUGUUGGGUUUUUUUUCGGUUCUUGACAGAAUCACCUAGCGAUCCGCAACAAUGGAAAGCCAGUUCCAGACAAGUGACAAGUACCCCAUCAUUGAGUCUUUCCUCUUCAGAGGCUCACGCCCCGCCUUCAGGGAGCUGAUCCUAGCUUCCACCGUCUUGGUGCUUCUCGGUCUCUGCAUCGUCCUGGCCGCCCUCCUGGGCAGGUCCUCCGUACAGCUGCAGGAGGCGCACACGUCCGCCCUGACAGCCAGCAACGUUUGCCGCGACAGUGCCUGCCUGAAGGCGGCGGCCCACGCCAUGGCUCUGCUCAACGCCAGCGCCGACCCUUGCGACGACUUUUUCAACUUCGCCUGCGGGGGGUACUCGAUGGUCAACCCGCUGGACUCCGACGAGGUGCAUGACAACAUCCGGAGGCAGAUGUACGACGAGAACAGGAAGCGGCUGGAGGCCAUCUUGCAGUCGCCGGUGGACCGCUACAUGGACUGGUCAUCCGAGCGCAAGAUGAAGGAGUUCUAUACAUCCUGUGUGGACGACUUCGGGCGCGAGCAGGUCAAGGCAGCACCUUUCCUUACCAAUACUAUGCCGCACUUGGGCGGCUGGUACGUGUUGGGCACGUGGAACCCAGGGACGUGGGAUCUGAACGAGGCCCUCAAGCGCGUGCAAACAGAGCUGUGGUUGGACGCCUUGUGGGCACCGACCGUCCGUGUCAACCUCGCCAACCCCAAGACCAACAUCAUCGCGAUCUCUCCCGCGGGUACAGGCUACUACAUGCAGUGGAGUUACUAUCUCGAUCCAACUAAAGCAAAGAUUCAGUCCGACUACAAGCAGUUCAUGCGCACCGUGGCGCAGCUGCUGUCACGUGACGCGGGCGUGGCCGCAGACCAGUCCCUAGCGGACAGGAUCGAGGUGUUCGUUGGGGAUGCUUACAAAGUUGAAGCUCAGCUGGCGUCGAUUGCAACCAGUGCCCGCUAUCAGAAUAAUCCAUACGAUGAAGCCAAGCAAGUGUCCUUGGAUGACCUCACACGUAACACAGGUCGAGUGAUCGACUGGACAGCCCAGAUGGCCUACUUAUUUAACGAGGCGGGUGUGACAGGAUCUACUAAAGUAGUGCUGCCCUACCCAAAUUAUGUUACUAAUUUGACUACUUUGAUCAAUGGCCUGGAGUCUUCCAGCAGAAGUAGGGUCUUGCACAACUACCUGAUGUGGCGCGUGCUGGAGAACUACGUGUCUCACCUGUCCUGGGAAUACAUCCACGCCAACCGCCAAAUGUACACCGACCUGUACGGUCAGGCCGAGUUCCAGGGGCUAGCCAGAUACUGCUUCUCGUACACUGAGUUCUACUUCAAAGUGGCGCUGGAAGCCCUGUACAUCAACUCCCAUUUUGAGGAGAAAAAUAAGGCCAAGGUGACUGAUAUCACAGAAGGCAUCAGGAAAGCUUUAGAGGACAUGAUCACAGCAAACACGUGGAUGGACACGACAACUAAACAGCUCGCCGUAGACAAGAUGAUCAAAGCUACAUACAAACUAGGAUAUCCAGAUUUCAUGUCUGAUGAGACCAGGGUAGACAUCAUCUAUGCACAGCUGACAAUCAAUGUGUCCGACUAUUUCGGCAACCUGAUGUCGCUGUUCGGCCAACACCGGCGGGACUGGAACCGGCGCCUGCGUGAGGGCGAGGACCGCGGCGAGUGGCUGUUUAGAGUGUACGACACCACCAUAGCUGUAUACUGGUACUGGGACGAAAUUUUGCUGCCCGCCGGCACCCUACAAUUCCCCAUCUACACCUACGAGAUGCCCCACUACCACAGUUUCGGGGCGCUGGGCACCCUCUUAGGGCACUUCGUCCAUCAUCUAGUUGAUGAGAUGGGACGGAAGUGGGACCAGGGCGGUGUGCGCAUGACCAACCCCAGUGGCUGGUGGAGCAACCAGACGUUAGACAACUACAACACCGUUGUGCGCCAGUGUGUGGUGGAUCUCUACACCAACCUUACCCAGGGACCCUACGUUAUGAAGAACGGAAAAGAUGGCUUCGUGUAUGUUAAUGGCGAGAAAUAUGCUGGGGAGGCUAUUGCCAUCACAACGGGCAUCAGGAUAGCAUAUAAUGCAUACCUGGCCUGGCAGAACAGCAGAGGUCAAGACCCCAAUCCUCCUGGUCUGCAGUACACUCCUCAACAGAUGUUCUUCAUCAGUCACGCUCAGACAUACUGCUAUAACCGCGAUCCUCUGUAUGAUUACAACUUUGCAAGUAGGCAAGGCAUCACCGAGGACACAAAAGUUAACCUGGCGCUCAGCCAGCUUCCUGAGUUUAGUAAAGCUUUUGGAUGUCAGGUCCCGGCCAAGAUGGCCCCAGAAAAACGAUGUACCUAUUACUAAGGGGACCAGUAAUUCAGGGGAUAUAAAAGGUCCGAAGGAAAAUCGAAAUAUGAAAACGAGACAAAAAUCCCCCAAUUUCUCCCAACAAUGACCCAGAAACAUUUCACCUUCUGCCAGUCGCUUCUCGACUCUUCAACUUUGACCGUAUGGGCAGGAAUAACAUGCAUGGUAUCAUGUAUUUCAACAGAAGAACAGAAGUAAAUGUAGCUGAAACUGUAAAAGGACCCGAAUGCAAACUUGUCUUUAACGGAGUGAGGAGUGCGUUAAGUUCUUUUAUACUGGCAAAAACUUUGAGCAGCAGCAGCAGCAGCAGCAACAACAACAACAACAACAACAACAACAACAACAUUGUCUCGUUCACGAACAUCCAAGCCUUUGAGAGUAAGAGUUCUCAACUAGAGUUCGUGAAAAGGUCACGCUCUCAUUUACCGUGAGAAUAAAAAUGUCUUCUCGCUGAUUGAACAACGCUUUAUUUGAUUAGCCCGGGCUGUGACUCCGUAAUGUCAUGAAAACGACUGUAGGUCAAUCCAGGUGACGCAGGCUUAGCUGAUGGAAUGGCGUAAAACACAAUCAACCAACCAACUGUGGCCGGAGCAACGAAGCUCAUAAGAAAUGUCGGAUAUCUGGUAAUUAAAAAGAAAAAAAAUAAAAGACAAAUUGAUGUAAACUUCCUGUCUGACGAUAAAAAAACUGCAGUACACAUGUUUGUUUUAGUGUUGUCUUACUACCGAGCAUAUAACAGGACUUACUGUAAGCACAUUUAAUAAUUUUCACAGAAAUUAUAAGAUUAUUGGAAAUGUUUUAUGAACUUCGAAGGCCAGAACGCUUCUUCCAAACCUGGAUGAUGUGACGGCUUCUUUCAUCAAGUUUCCUGAGUACUCGAAAAAACACCCGUAUAUCACCCUCCUGUCUAUUUUCUAUCAUUUAUCUUUGUUGUGGUGUAUGUAAAAAAAAAAAUUAAAAACUUAAUAAAACAUCUUUGUAUUUUC